CCCUACUGACCUCUGAACCACAAAGGAUAAGAGUGAAAACAAGUAGGAGAAGCACGCGAAGAAAAAGGAAGUGGAUGCACUUUCAUCCGGCCGUCUUUCCUACCCUUUCUUACUAAAUCUGGAUGGAAAAGAGAGACUUCUGUGCCUUUCCUCCCCCCACCUCAGGGAUGGGUGGACUGUGAGUACGGUUUGUGCAGCUGGAAGGACAGCCUGAACCAUGAACCUUCAGGCUCAGCAAAAGUCCUCAAGCAAAAGAGCUGGGAAAAGAAUUGCCUAUUUUAAUGAGCAGGAAAUAGCUGUGUCAUCAAAAGAACCACAGCAGCAACUUAAGGAAGGACAGUAUUAUGGGCAUGGAGGGAAUAUACCGGUCUCCCAGACUAUGGAGAUUUCUCAUGCAGGGGGAUUAACAAGUGGCCCCAACAACGUUGCUUUGAUGAACUCUGUUUACAAUCAGGAUCGAGGAGAAUCGAUGAUGAUGCCGCAGCAAGUGACAGCGGUCAAGUGGCAGAAUCCACUCAUGGGAAACCGGUUGCCAGAGAGGGGUGACUCUCACUGGCAGUCUCCUCCUGCAAUGUGGAACCACGGUAUGGUUUUUGGGGGCAACCCAAAAGGGGCCCAUUCCAACGCUGGUGCUCCUGGCUUCUAUGGCCACCCAGAAGCCCUUAAAAGAAACCAAGAGAAAGGAGUGUUUGUGUCACAGCUGGACCUGUAUGAAGAUGCUGUGCAGCAGAUGAUGUCUCAGAAGGCUCAGCUGGAACAGCAAGCCCUGGUUAGGCAGCAGGCCCAGAUGAAUUCUUUCCACCAGAUGCAGAAACAGCAGCAGCAGAAUCAGAGUCUGCCACUACAGCCUUUCCAGCUUGCAUUCGGUCACCAAGGCCAGAAACAAGGUCUUCCGGAAUUGUUACAUGUCUUUCAAGAAGCCCCGGCUUCUUCCAAUCCAGCAUUUACUGCUCCACAAAAACAGCAAGCUCUUCCCCAGCUACAGCUGUUUGAAAAUUUCUAUCCCCAGCAGCAGCAGCAGCAGCAACAGGCUGCCACCCAAGCCUACAGCCUCCAGCAAGCUACUUCCAUCGCGCAGCCUCAUGUGGCGGCCGCAGCACCGCAGCAUCACAUGAUGGCACACCAGUUCCAGCAAGCCGAGAGGAACCAGGAAUUGCUCAAGGCUCUAACAGAGCAGAACCAACAGACUGUGCUACCUCAGACCCAGAUUCCCUUUCCAAGGAGGUCACGGAGACGCUCCAAAGAAGGUGUCCUCCUGACCUCCCUGGGAGAAGGGCUGGCUUCCAAGCAGGCAGAAGAACAAUCCAGCAAUUUAUUUUUGCACCACUGGCAAACGCAUCAGCAAGAAGUCCCGUUGCAGCAGCCCCCUGACACGCUGGCCCCCAGCAAAAGCAGCUAUUUGCACCCCAGGAGGCUGGACAUGGGGCAGAAGGAGAGCUCGGCGAGCAGCGAGCUGCAGCUGCACCAGGCAGAGGGGGACAGGCAAGGUGCAGCCCAGAACGGGAGAGAUGGGGAGAAGGCGACAGCGGCGGCUGAGGAAAACGCUCCGAGAGCUAAUGACUUCGUGGGGGUCCGAGGGGGGGUCAUCCAGAGCACACGAAGGAGACGGCGUGUGUCUCAAGAAGCCAACCUGCUAACUUUGGCCCAAAAAGCUGUUGAGCUGGCUUCUCUUCAGAAUGUCAAGGAAUCGGAUACUUCAGAGGAGAAGAAGAGCGUGCUUGUAGCAGCUCCAGCACCCACAGCUGCUAAAAGUGUCGUGGAAUUUGCCAGUUCUUCACCUGCUCCUAAAAGGGCCCGGGAAGAUAACAGCCUUGUGCCUCUUAUCAUUCCUGUGUCUGUACCAGUGAGAAAAAUCGACUUGCAGAGUCUUGGCAAGGAGAAGUGUGAAGAUGGGAAGCUCCAGAGAGGCCAAGAAAACGAUCGUGCUCCUUGUGAACGCAAGCCCUCUGUGAUAGUCACUCGGAGGCGAUCUAAUCGUAACACCAACAUGGAAACCUCAAAUCAGCAUGAAGAUGCAGUUCCAAAGGAUGAAGCAGAGGGCUUUGCCCGGAAACCAAAGCAGCGUCCAAGACCUGAGCCACUUUUCAUACCACCAAAAGCUGGCACCUUCAUUGCACCACCAGUUUAUUCCAACAUUACUCCUUAUCAGAGCCACUUACGGUCACCUGUCCGUCUGGCAGAUCAUCCUUCCGAUAGGAACUUCGAGCUACCUCCUUACACUCCUCCGCCAAUCCUUAGCCCAGUGAGAGAAGGCUCUGGGCUAUAUUUUAAUGCUAUCCUCUCUUCAAGUGGUCAUGCAGUUGCACCUCCAAUGACUCCUAAAAGUGCACACAGAACUCUGCUUAGAUCCAAUAGUUCAGAAGUUACCCCUCCUGUUCUUUCAGUCAUGGGGGAAGCCACCCCAGUCAGCAUUGAACCGCGAAUCAAUGUAGGAACCCGCUUUCAGGCCGAAAUCCCCUUGCUCCAAGACAGAUGUCUGGCCGCAGGCGAUGAGCACAAAGCAGAGCUCGUGUGGCGGCCGUGGGGCGACCUGGAGACCAACAAAGUCACCCAAGAGAGCGUGGAAAAUCUGCUAGCUGCUGCGUGUUCAAGCAUUUUUCCUGGGGCUGGAACCAACCAGGAGCUGGCGCUGCACUUCUUGCACGAAGCAAAGGGAAGCAUUCUGGGGGCUUUGACCAAACUGCUGUUGAAGAGGCCAGUCCGAUCUCCUACCCACCCUCUGGCAGAUUAUCACUACACAGGAUCAGACAAGUGGAAAGUUGCUGAAAAGAAGCUUUUCAACAAAGGCAUUGCAAUCUACAAGAAGGACUUUUUCCUAGUCCAAAAACUUAUAAAAACCAAGACAGUGGCUCAGUGCGUGGAGUUCUACUACACGUAUAAGAAACAAGUGAAAAUUGGUCGGAAUGGCACCUUGAUCUUUGGGGACAUCGAUGUUACUAAUGAGAAGUCUAUGAAAGAUGAAGCCGAAGUUGACAUCAAGAGUUCCCAUAGGUUUGCACGUGUUCUUCCUCUCAGAAGGGACAUUUUCAGUGAGGAACAAGGGCACGUGGAGGAGAAAGAGGAAGAGGAGGCAGAGGAAGGGUUGGAUAACAGAAAGAAGAGCACAGUUCCCCUCAAAGAUGCACAGACACUACAGAGUGAUGAAACAGCCAAUGAUGAUGAUGAUAUAAGGAGUCAAGAGGCAGCCACCACAGGCAAGAUUGCCAGGAGGCCGAGGGAGGCAGGAGCGAAGCCGCGCAAGCCGAUUAACGCGCCAGUGCAGAGGAGGCGGCGCAAACAGAAGAUGAAAACAGAUGCUACCAAUAAAACUCCAAACACAGAAAACACCUUUCCAUGUAAAAAAUGUGGCAGGGUCUUCUACAAGGUGAAGAGCCGCAGCGCCCACAUGAAGAGCCACGCGGAGCAGGAGAAGAAGGCGGCCGCGCUGAGGCAGCAGGAGAGGGAGGCGGCAGCGGCCGCCCACAGCCAGGCCCGGCGGGAGGAGAGCAGCGAGAGCGGGAGCAGCAGCGGCGGCGGCGGCAGCGGUGGCAGCUCCGAUGAGGACGGAGAAAUAUAG